UAGGCAACAUUGCUUUUGAGUCAUUUCUGAUUAAUCCGUAAAUAUUUUUUAUGAAGUUUGAUAAAUUAUACGACACUAUAUUGUUUUCCAGUUAUCAUAAAUCUUAUUGUCAUAUGUAAGUUGGAAAAACAAAAGUACUAGUGUUUCCUUGAUAAAAUAAUCUUAAGGGCAAAAUACAGUGAAAAUUUAAAACACAAUGGCAGCGAAUCAAGGAUCUAGUUUAAAUGCCAGUGCUCCGGAAGAUCUUCCACCUCCAUACUCAGCUGUUGUUGGAAAUCCACAGUAUGGGUUUGUAGCACCUGGAGUUGCUCCAAUGGCUCAAGGUCCUGCUGCGUACCCAAUGCCAAAACAAUUUACUCCUACUGGAGUGUAUCCUUAUCCCACUGGUGCUACAACCGUGACAGUUACAACAAGCGCCCAGCCACAGCCUGGAGGAGUGCCACCGCCACCUCCUGGGGUGCCUGUGGGGCUAGUAUUACCUCAAGCUGUUGGUACGGAGCCCACAACAAUAACCUGCUUCAACUGUGGCAAAGUUGUCACUACUAAAGUGACUUACACAACAGCUUGGCACACUCAUUUAGUCGCUGGAUCGAUCUGCGUUAUCACUAUGGUGUGCUCUCUCUGCUGCCUGGGAUUAGUGCCAUACUGCUUUGAUACUUUCAAAGAUGCUGAGCACUAUUGUCCCAACUGCAACACCUUUAUUGGCAAAAGUAAUAAAUGUUAAAAUAUAAUAUGUUAACACUUAUUAUGUUAAUAUAAGCUUCUAUGAAAUUUAUAAAUAUUUUCUCUAUGGUAAAUUAUUGUAUAUAUUCCAUUAAAUUUAUAAACUUGGGAUAGCUAUUUUAUAAAACAAUAUUCCCUUAAUCUUAAUCACCAGUUAUUACUAUAAAUCAAAAUAGUUGGUUUAUCCAUUUAUGGCUUAACAUUGCAGUUAGUUUUUGUUAAAUGUUUUCAUAUUAAAAAGUUGUAUGCUAGCCAAGUGCCUUACCUUGCACUCCAAAAGGUUGACCAAUGCCCUUGUGCAGCUUACUUCCAGAUUUGAUUGUUUUAAUAUGUACUAUAGCAAAACCUUAUGAUUCCAUGGGAAAUAUAUUUUAAAAUAAUUAUUAUUUAAAUAUUAUAAUUUAAUUCUUUACAAUGCAAUUUUCUUAUAGUUUAGAAAACUAUACAGUUAACAGAUUUGUCAAGCAUUAGAUUAUCUUAGUUUUCCAAUAUCCAAAUCUUGCCCAUUACCAAUACGGAAUUAUCUUACCUGCCAUAAUAAACAAAUAAUAUUUGAUGACUAAUGUAAAUCUUAGACUGAUAUUAAUUAAUAUAAAUGUAUACUUCAUGUUGUGUACUUUUGAACCAGCCCAUUGUAAUAUUUUUUUGACCAUCUGUUUUAGAAACUUGUUAACAAACAAUAAUUGUGUUGUAAUAAUAAUAAUAAAAUGAGACAAAAAUGUCAACAUCAUUACUCAUUAUAAGAAUCUUUAUAAUUAUUUAAUUUUCAAUAACAUACUGCAUCAUUAAAUGUAUACUUUUGCAUCUAGUUGAUAUAAAUGACGUAUUUUGUAUUCAAUCAAAAUUUUAAUCAAUAUAAAUUUGUCAAGGCCUUAAACAAUAUUAUGACUGUGUUAUAGCUCACCCAAAACCUAACAAUAAAUUUAAAAUGUGUAAGUUAAUAAUAAUUGAGGCUUGCAUAGAUUGAACUUUGAAAUGUACUAUUUAGAUAUAAGUUUUCCUUCCAAUUAUGUUUUUUCAUGCUGGAAAAUGUAUGUAUUAUCUAAUAUAAUGAGUUAGGCUAAAUAAAAGUAUGAUAAUUCACAUAA